GACAGCUAAGCAUUGCAGUAUGGUCUUCAUACGAUUCGUCCUCCUCUUCUUUUGUAACAGUCUCUUGCUAUUAGAAGCUCAUGUUUUCAUUAGUCCACUCUCAAAGAUCAAUCAUAGUAGAGUGAGGAGGCAACCCAGUUCUACUGUGAGCACAGUGGUGCAACCUGCUACAAUAAACAGUUCCUACCAGUGGUUUAAUGUACAAGUUUCGGGUGUGUCUAGCCCCAAUGAAGACAAUUGGAUUGGUCUCUUCACUCUAGCAGACAACGAGACUGAAAUUAAUGCAACGAGCCAUGCCCCUGUUAAGUUCCAGUACCUUAAUGUAGAUACUGGGUACCUAACAAGUGGGAAUGCACAGUUGGAUUUUUACGCUAUCAACAUGAGACACGAUUACAUGUUUGGGUUCUUCACUGGAGGUCUAGAUUCACCUGUUCUUAUGUCUACUUCUGAAAGAAUAGUCAAUCUCAAUCCUAAUCAACCUUUACAAGGACACUUGGCACUCACUUUAGAAAUAGACAAGAUUGUAUUGCAAUGGGUCACUAAGAAUACAACUGAUCCAUUAGUACGCUGGGGAACAGAGAGUAGGAACUAUCAAUAUACAAAACAAGCUAACAACAGCAAAUACACUGUCAAUGACAUGUGUGGAUCUCCUGCUAACGAUUAUGGUUGGAUGGACCCAGGAACCAUUCAUACUGUUACAAUGGACAAUUUAAGUCCAUCUACUCGUUAUUAUUAUCAGUUUGGAUCAAACACCUGGGGCUGGAGUGAUGAGUUCACCUUCAAGUCCCCUCCUGUCACUGGCCCUGAUACUCCUGUUAGAAUAAUCACUUAUGGAGAUUUAGGCCAUGGGGUUCCUGAUAAUACAUUGCAGAUCAAGAAGCUUGAGCAAGCAUCCCUCAAUACCACUAAGAACGUGUACAGUGAAAUUAAUGAAACUGAACUGAUUGUACACAUUGGAGAUCUGAGCUAUGCUGUUGGAUUCAGUGCACAGUGGGAUGAAUAUUACAAUGAGGUUGAGAAGCUAGCUGCGAAUUCUCCUUAUAUGGUGUGUGCUGGUAAUCACGAAGCAGACUGGCCUAACACUACGUCAUAUUUUCAAAGCAAAGACUCAGGUGGAGAGUGUAAUAUACCAUACAUAUACAGGAAUCAAAUGCCAAGAGUCUCACCUGUCAAACCAUGGUACGGGUUUGAUUUUGGCUGUGUUCAUUUUGUCAUAAUGAACUCAGAGGAUAAUUUCACAAUGGGGACUGAACAGUACAGGUUUCUGGUUCAGCAUCUUGCUAGUGUGAACCGUACAGCCACACCAUGGCUGGUAUUCACUGGACACAGGCCAAUGUAUGUUGAUAGUACCAGCAUUGAAGAACCAUACGGAAUGCAACCAAUAGCCAAACUGUUGAGAAAUAACUUGGAGGAUUUGCUUAUACAAUACAAUGUAAGUCUGGCUCUAUGGGGACACCACCAUACUUACCAGAGGACAUGUAAAGUAUACCGUAGCCAAUGCACUGAUAAUGGUAUUACACAUGUUAUCAUUGGGAUGGCAGGACGCCCACUACUGCAAGACUUUGAACCAAAUCGCCCAAGCUAUUUUGAAUAUCUUGAUGAUCAGCAUUAUGGAUACACAAGGCUCCAAGCUAACUCAACUACACUAACUCUACAGUAUAUCAGGAAUGAUGAUCUCCAAGUACAUGAUGAGGUGGUGCUUAGCACAACAACAAUGAACAGUGGCGUGGCAAAAGAAUCUACAUCUUUGCUAGUCCUAUUUAUAAUUGUAUUAUUGUCUGUGUUUGCAUUGAUUUAGCUUGAUUGCUACUGAAAGGUAUUUGUGGUGUCAUGUAUUUCAAUUUAUUGUUCAGUGUAUAAUGAAAACUAAAAUAUCUCAUUUAGAGUUUAUUGAUUUGUAAUCAUUUCUUGUUGUAAAGUAGAAAUUUAAAGAAUAACUAAAA